GUAAGACCCGGGGAAAGAAGCCAAUCACUAGGAACGCCAAGGCGGCGCAGACCAUCUGCUCGCGAGGGUAGCGGAUUAUCGGAUGACGCUACUACAUCGGGUGAACGUCAACGAACUUCCUCGGAACCACCUCAAGGCGGAAACAGGCGACGCCGGCAGGGAAGUGAACCGGAUCCAGACGGUGAGUCGCGAGAAAGGGGAACGCCAUCAAAUCCGGCACGAACACACCGGGGAUGGGGCUCGGGAGGAACGGGUACUCCGGGUGCCGAUGACCGAGCGACCAGGAACGGGGACGCUGGAGGAAGCAUGGAACCUGGCGCCACGGGGAACAGAAGCGAGCACCCUCGUUCCAGUACCAGAUGCGGAGUGUGCUCGGGUGAGGGUGCACGGGUGCGGGGACCAACACUCUCGGAGGGACAGCCUGGAGGCGGCGGUUCAAGCUGACCCGGGGCUGCAGCUACGAGCUGAAAGACUGAUAAGGGGGUUAAACGACGAACCCCACGGAGCACGUUCGCUGUACAUCUGGAACCAAGACAGUCCGGGAAUAGGGCCUGCUUUGGACGAUGUCAGCAUGGAUGAUCUCUCACUCAGGUUCCAGACGGUGAAGAAAGUUCAACCUAGGUUUGCUUCCGACCAUGCCCGUCUCCAAACUCACGUGCUCCACCUUGUUAACAAGCAGCUAGCAGAAGGCGGCGGAGCUUCCUCGGCGACCGGGACCCCACUUUCCACUAUCCGGGUCAUCAAACUUUGGUACCUCCUACCAGGGGAUAUAUCGUCCGUUUUUCCUUGGCUGAUUGAGUAUACCAAGGCGGCGAGUGCAAGGAGCAGGGGACCGGCACGGGAAGACACACCCGACGACAAGUUCAAAAGGGCGGCGAGGGCGUGCCGGCACUCUGGAGGCGUGAAGGACGCAGCAAGAGCGCUCCUAGCCGAUCAACCGUCACCGGGGAACGACGAGACAUGGGCACGUCUGAAAGCCAAAUUUCCGCAUGAGGAUCCCGUACAAGUGGAGCAGGCCAUCGCCGAAGCCAUAGCUGCAAGCCGCACCGAGGAGGAGGAAGGAAGCGCCCCGAGAUGGAGGCCAGAAACCGAGUUCGAUCCACAAGUACUCCUUCAAGUCAUCAACAGCAGAAGCUCUAACUCUGGAGCAGGAAAUGACGGGCAACGUUUCUCCCACCUUAAGUCCAUCGUCAACACUAAAAUUGGCCGGGAAGAGUUCAGCAACGCGAUGUCGUCCCUUUGGAGGAGGCUCGUCAACGAUCCCAACGCGUUCCCACCGGAGUUCUGGACUCUUUGGAAACAAUCCAGUCUAAUCGCCCUCGGUGAAAAGUGCCGUCCAGUGUGCAUUGGAAUGACUUGGAGAAGGCUGAUUGCAGCGGGAACGGUCAGGGAGUGGAAACCGAAACUGGAAGAAAUAUUUCGGGAAGCGGACCAAUUCGGAGUGGCGUUAGCUGGAGGAUGUUCACAAGUUGCGAUGGACGCACAACUGGUUCAUCAGACAGGUCAUUGGGUAGUCCAGACGGAUUGCUCAAAUGCCUUCAACACGGGCAAGCGCACCGCCAUAAUGGCCCAGGCCGCAAAGAGCGUCCCAGAUCUCGUGGGGUACAUCGCCAGGUGUUACGACGAAAUCCCGGCAAAGGCGAUAUACACGAUGGACUCCGGAGAGCGUCGGACGAUCGAGUGCAAGAGCGGUGUGCAGCAAGGAGAUGGAAUGGGACCGCCCCUGUUCUGCUUCAUCCUAGUCCCGAUCGUCUUGAAGCUUAGAGCCAAGUACGACCACCUCGGGGUAGGCUUGAAAGCUUAUAUGGACAACAUCAGCCUGCACUUCAAAAAUAUCACAGCGGAAAAUAUUGAGGUGAUACCGGACCUCGUCGACGAACUAAAAGCAGUGGGCAUCAUCUUCAACAGGGGGAAGAACUCAGCGCUUCCCCCACCAGGGCACGACGUGACGCCAGCAGAAAGGAGGCUACUUGGCGAUGCAGGCCUACCGAUUGCGGAGGAGGGCAUCACAGUUGUGGGAGUCCCCAUUGGGACGGAUGCCUACGUCGAGGAUAUCGCAAUGAAAGUGAUAACUGAAGGGGGUGCAGACAAGCUUGCUCGCAUGCUGGUGCGCAUGCCAGACAAACAGGUGGCUCACCUCGUCACAUCACAAUCGCUGACACAGCGAUCUGGAUAUAUCGAGAGAGGCAUCAAUCAUAAGCUGGUGAGAGGGGCUUGUGAACGCCUGGACAAUAUGGUGAUGUGGGUCCUAGAGGCAACGAUGGGGCUCAGAGAUACCGAAGUCGAAGAAGAGUUCUUCCAAGACGACUGCCAGCCUGACCGCUUCAAGUUAAAGCCCUAUCAACAAGCCCAGGCGCGCCUGUCGACAGGAGCCGGAGGACUAGGAUUACCAGCAGCCGUUAUGCGAAGGUUCUCAGCUUCUCUGGGCAACCUAGUCGGCACCCUUCCUGCGGUUAUAGCCGCGUUACGGGGUCCAUUGGGAGAGUCGGUGAGAGUUCGGAUACCGGGAACCGUGUUGGUGGAGCGGAUGGGGGACGCUAUCAAAGAACUCAACCAGGAGCAUGGAAUAUCGGUGGAGAUUCUGAAGGGGAUCCUUCCCCCGUCAUGGGUUGAGUGGGCCUUAGAACCGACAGGAGAAACCGGAAGGCGUCAGCCCACCGUUGCAGAACUGGCAGCACACGAUGGGGAAUCUACUACGCCGAGGAAAGCCCAGCACAAACUGGGCAAGGCGAUUAACAAGAUACAACUUGAAAAGUUCAUGGAGUCUCUGGAGCACCUCCCCCAGGAGGCGGUACCACCCACGCGGGACAACCCCUACGGAGGUCAAGAGGCCAGGAACAUGGCAUACGCACGAACGAGAAGCUCGCAAGGGCAAGGGGGGCACGCGUUCCUGAGAGCGGCUCCCACCGACCGAGCUCGAGAGAUUCCAUCGAACGAAUUCGUCUACGCGACGAGACGCGCCUUGGGAGUUGAAGAAUUCUUGGCGGAAAGAUGUCCCAGGUGCCACAGAGGCAGGGAAGGCGAGAUCAUCACAACGGUGCACGCAAGGACCUGUCGAAGGGAUGGAGCACAGGUCAACAUGCACGAGCCGUUAAAAUACGCACUAUCGAGAGCACUCAACGGCCUUUGCGUCAAACACGACGUUGAAAGCGGGGCACCGUUCACGGGGGAAAGAAACCUGAGCAUGGACAUCGUCAUCAGGCCAGGAGCCCUCACGAACGCAUCUUCUCCGGGGUACCGCAACAAAGGAAUACUCCUCGAUGUCACACACGCAGACCCGCAAGCACAGGUACACUUGCGGAACGGCAGCGCGACCAGCGAUGGAAUCGCAGCCCAAGCAUCCGAGGCGCGAAAGCGUCAGCACUACGCUCGUCCGGGACACGUGUCCUUUGACGAACGCAGCUUUAAACUUACCACCUUAGCCGUGGAAAGCUUUGGCCGCCUUGGAGAGGAGGGUGACGAGUUCAUCGAUGAACUUGCGACACAUGCCGUGGGAGGAAGGGACGGAGGAACGAUGGCUCUGAAAGGAGUCUUCAAGGAACGACUUCUUCAGGUCGUUUCGGUGGCUACACAGGUGGCCAUAUCUCGGCGAGUGCAGAGGUACAAGCUCGCAUUGCGCGGGCGUCAAGACGCCGAAAACAGGCGAACAAGAUCGACCUCGGACCAGUCAACGCCAAUGAUAUGGGGAUGGAGUGUAGACGCAUCGUAGAACGCGUUUUCGUUUGAAUUGGCGUCUUGUUUGAGAGUAGAUGUGACAGAUUUGCUUAGAAUAGGUAAGAUGUUAUCAUGAAUGGAGAAGAAAGGGCUUUUCCAUCACGGAGAUGUAGCAUGGAUCAAAGCAUUUGUUGGAUUUCAGCUUUUACAAGAGGAUAUCAACGCAGUAGUAUUUUAGCAAGCUUACGAACGCAUAUAGGAUACCAUGGGGAUU